GUCGUCAUUCCCCCUGUACCCCCCUGUAAUCACCAUUCCGCUAGUGUUUUCCGUCGUGCGGUUUUAAUGCCAUUUGUGGGCUCCUCUCUCUGUUCUCAGGCCGUUUUUUCCACGUAAUUAUUUUUCAUCAAUUUUACGUGUGUGUUCAUCCAUAACUCUCAAUAAUAAUUAACUAGUCCUAUUAAUUGAUAUGUUAUUCAUCUGUGUUAUUCGAGUAGUUGUGGGCAAAUAAUUUGAGCCAAGGAGGCGAAGGCGUCAGGUGUAAAACGUAAAAAUUGAAGUAUUUCUGAGGUGCUUGAUGUUCGGGAAAGCGACGGCGGAGCGGGGGGAGUCCGCCAGCGUCCUCGUCUACGUGGUGGUAGAAUCCUAGAGGAUGCGAGAAAGGAAACCAUAAUAAAAGUAGAAACACAACGGCAACAAUUUAACGAGGACUUUUCCCAACUGGGUUACAUCACUCAAAGAAAAGAACCUCUCGAUUAAGCAGAGAAAAAAAAACAUACACCCGCCUCAUACAUAUUAUUAUUUUUGACGGCAAUACAAAGUACACCGUCUGCUAUUAUCCAUAUUUUGGAUUAUUCUCAUAUUUAAACGGGGGACUUUUUGAGUUCUAUUGAACGAUUUCCAUCGAGUUAUGGAGUUGAGAUUACAUUCACCAGCGGGAGCCGAGCCCAUCGUUUAUCAGUGGCCACUUACCUCUGGAUCGGGUUCUGAUCGUCAUGAUGGGGCACUGGACGUUGUGGAAACGAUGAGAUGGGUGUGUGAAGAUCUGCCAGAUUUAAAACUGCCGUUGGAAAAUAAUAUACUCGUUGAAUAUGAUACAAGGGAUUUUGAGAGCAUGAAAGCCCUCUGCGAUCGUUUCAAUAGGGCUAUUGACAGUCUCGUCCAACUCGAAAAGGGAACCAGUUUACCUUCACAGAGACUGAAUAAACGUCCAACUAGAGGGCUACUUCGUCAUAUUCUCCAACAAACAUACAAUCAAGCUGUUGUUGAGCCUGACAAGCUCAAUCAGUAUGAGCCGUUUUCACCAGAGGUAUAUGGAGAAACGAGUUAUGAACUUGUUUGUCAGAUGAUUGAUCAGAUUGAGAUAACUGAGGAUGAUGUUUUUGUGGAUUUGGGCUCGGGUGUUGGACAAGUUGUCUUACAAAUGGCUGCAGCAACUGUUUGUAAAAUUUGCCUUGGCGUUGAGAGAGCUGAUGUGCCUUCACGUUAUGCACAGGGUAUGGAAACAAAUUUUCGCAAAUGGCUAAACUGGUAUGGUAAACGAUGCGGAGAUUAUCGUCUUGUAAAAGGUGAUUUCCUCGCAGACGAGCACCGCGAAAGUAUUACUAGUGCAACAAUAGUAUUUGUCAAUAAUUUUGCAUUUGGUCCAACUGUUGAUCAUCAACUAAAAGAACGCUUUGCUGAUUUACGUGAUGGAGCUCGGAUUGUCUCGUCGAAAUCAUUCUGCCCGUUGAAUUUCCGAAUUACAGAUCGAAAUUUGAGUGACAUUGGUACCAUAAUGCACGUAUCUGAAAUGACUCCACUGAAAGGCUCAGUCUCUUGGACCGGCAAACCCGUGUCUUAUUAUCUCCACGUGAUCGACAGAACAAAACUUGAGCGUUACUUUCACCGAUUGAAAAACAACAGACUGGGUGGAGCAGAUAUUGAAAAUACUGAUUCUGUGAUAAACAACACUGCCAGUAACCAUAGUAAAAUAUCGGUCAGAUCAGACAGAGGUGAGAGAGCAAAGAGGGAUCUUUCGAGGCAACUAGAGAGUCCAAAUAAUAAUGAAUUAGUGGGUACAAAUAGUGAUUCAGACGUUGAUGAAAAUAUGAAGAGUAGACGUCAAACAAAGAUCCAUAGGAAAUUGAACAAAAAAGUGGCGGGACCGGCCAUUGUGAGACAACAAGCAACAAGGGGUAGGCAACGUGGUAGAGCUGUUAAGAAGAGUAAACCGAAGAAGGCAAUUAACAUAUCUGGGUUAGAUUUGCUGCAUAAUCAGACGCUGUUAAGUACUUCGCCACAAGCUAUUGGGAAGAAAUUACCUCCAGCACCGGGUUGUAUUGAUCAACAUCUUUCAUCCCUUUCGCUGUCUCUCCAGCCACAUUCUACCUCAGUUCACGAGGAGCUUAGCAUCCCCCCAGCACCAUCAGCAACACCUUAUGCAUUACAGAUACUCCUCGAUCUCUACAGGGACCAAUUUAUGCUUACCCUUGAGUCCAUGAGAACACCAGCCUAUAAACAAUCCGUUACUGCUGAUCUCACUAAAGAACGAGAACGUAAUUCAAAAUUACAAUCACGUGCUGCACAAUUGGAAAAGCAAAUUAAAGUGUUAAUCGAUGAUAGUGUAGCAUUACUUAAAGCACGCAUGACUGAGUUAGGGAUAAAUGCAACGUCACCUGGUGAUUUGCUUGCCAAAGCUAAAGAGAUCGUGCUGAGGCACAAGCAGCUGCAGGCUAAGGCCAGUAAGCUUCAGGCACAGGUGUCAUCGAUGGAGACUGAACAGUCACGACUUGCUGCACAGAGGCAUCAAGAGAUUCAAGAGAAAUAUAAUCUUCAGAAUUCACCAGCGGUAUUAACGCCUGAUUAUAUUCUUAAAGAAAUUUCACAGACUCUCUCGCAGAGAAAGAAGUUACAUUCACAGGUAUCAAAACUUGAGCACGAAUUGAAUGUUCUUGAGCGUACAACGACGGAAAAGCAAGCAGUUCUCUCUCAGCAACAGCGAGAAUCCCUAUCCAACAAACACUCUCAGAAUCAUCAUACACAGCACAACGGAAAAUCAACAUCGUCUCGCAAACACCGUGAUACUCGCUCACGUUCCCAAGAAUGGCCGGACGUUCCAGAUAUAGGCAAAAUACAGGAGAAUAAUCCAGAGAUUCUUGCCCAAAAAAUCCUAGAAACUGGACGUCAGAUUGAAGCUGGAAGGAUCCCAAGCCGUCAUAAUUCAUCCUCAAACCCUUCCAACAAUCGGCCACGUUUGCCCCAACCAAACUACAAUUUUUCCCCCUCUCACAAUCCACCGAGAGAACAAGCGAAUCGUGGUCAGGAACCGCCGAGAGUGGCAAAUUUUGAAGAUCGGUUGAAGAGCAUAAUAACGAGUGUAUUGAACGAAGAUCAGCAAAAUCGCACGAAGCAGCAGCAGCAGCAGAUGGCUCAAAUGACAUCGCCCUCAUCACAAUCCUCAGAGCCUGAUAGAAAACGUCAAGCACUACCUCCUAACGCUCCAGCUCCAGAUUAUACACAGGUAUCCCCAGCGAAGCUGGCCCUUCGUCGUCACCUGUCUCAAGAACGUUUGACCUCUCAUAUAUCAACCGAGAGACCGGUAGACUGUCGUCAACAACUCUCUGAGCCUCGAGCAAAUGCCCCUGGUCAUGGAUUGCUUGGAACAAGAACCAUUGGAGAUUUAGUGAGUGGUGAAAUUGAACGAACCCUCGAAAUAUCGAAUCAGUCGAUUAUAAAUGCUGCAGUCGACAUGAGUGGUAUCAUAAGACCAGAGACUGUUUAUUCACCAAUUUCUAGACCAGCAAGUGCUGAGGGUGACACUGGACUUGCCACAUUGGCACAUGUUGCCAGUUAUGCUCCAACUUCCUCAUCUGUAACUACACCCACAACCACACCAUCGAGAUCAUCAGUUUUAUUCACACCGGCUAAUCAAAAUCAACGUUACACACCAGUACAACUGCCAAGGGCUGACAUUAAACCCUAUCAUGAAUCAUACUUUGCUGAUAAUCCGCCCAUAAUAAAUCAGACACAAACAACGCAGCCCACAGCUUCACUUCAUUCAUCUCAAGGAGUCAAUGGUGAUGUACCUGUCGAGGGACUCGCUGCUUCUCUCCACGCUAGAAUACUUAAUAAUCACAGUGGAAAAAAUGAGCCAAACAGUCGAAGAUAUGCCCCCUAUCCUAGGUACAACACUGCUAGUGACAGGGUACCAUCGCCCCAAAUUCAACCUCCUGGUAUGAAAAAUGAAACGAGUGUUUCAUCAGUUAGCACUAGUGGUGCACCUCUCAGUCCACCCGUUGAACCACACUCUAAUACUUCGACACCUCUUGUUGACGAGCCUCAGAUGAGCAAUCAAAGACAAAGAAAUGGCAUUGGUGAUGAUGGAAAAAAUAUGUUGGCAACGGAAUUUUCAGACGGUGAAGCAGAUUGGCAAGAUCGCAUAAGUUCGGGUUUCGAUCGUUUGGUCGCAUUUGCUUCGACAGAGCUCGAUAAACGUCGAAGAUCAACUGAAGGGGUUAAUACGAGUCCGGACAGUGGGCUUGGAUCUGAUGCUGCAAUUGGUCCACCACCAGUUAUUCCAUCGCCCGAUGAAGCACUCGGACCACCGAGAACACCAUCACCCACGAGUCCACGUCCACCCAAUGCAUCAAAUAAUAGUACGUCGUCAUCAGUACCCUUGAAAUACCAACGUCAGCAGGAUCCUGAACGUCACCAUUUCAAGAAAAAAUUUUUUCAUCGCGAUUGGAAUAACUCGGGUAGUACUAGUAAAUUUCGACCAAAGGGAAAAGACUGGGAUUGGCAUAAUAAUUGCGGUCACUGGCCAUCGAAUGGCGAGCAGUCAUAACUCCGUAAACAAACUCGUUGUUCGUUUUUUAUUAAAAUGAAUUGCAUCUUUAGUCCAUUGUUUUCAUGUUUUUUUCGCAUUCAAACGAGAAUAUGAAUUUCUAUUUCACGAUUCAUGAAUAUUGAAGUUCGUUUAUGCCCAUUUUUGAGAAAAGACGUUACAGUAGGAAAAAACUUUAAGGUAAUAUUUUUAUGUUCUAUUUUUUAUUUACGCGUUUUGUCCUCUUUUGGUAGUUAAUUUUUGAAAAUUAUUUGACCGAUAGAAUUUCCCCCCCAUAUUACUCAUUGUUUAUGGGUAUUUAUUUCGAUAUACAAAUGCAGCACUAUUACAUUGAGGGAUGAAUUACCUUUAGAGAGAGACUGAUGCAAUGAUUAGUUUCUAAGUAUUCAUUAAGAAGGAGAUAAAAUGAGAUGAGAAACCUUUGUGUUCGUUGCAGAACGUUGUAUCACAGGAAAAUAUAAUAUUCCUUUAGUACGAUUUGUCACAUUCAUUUGAUGAUCAAUAAAAUGACUGAUGUGUUCAUAUUCUAAUUACUUGAGUGUAGAAAAAGAGUGAAAAAGACCGAAUGAAUCAGACUAGAAUAGGAAGAAAGGGAAAAAGCAUGUAAAAGUAGGAGCGUACAGUAUGUCCAAAGGUUUUCAAGUACUACCGGCGAAAUUGCGUGUCAUGCAGUUAACAUGAUUGAAUCACCAUCAAAUUAGGAAAUAUUAUGAAUAGAUUCAAGUGUGAAGUGAAUCUCAGACGCUUGUGCGAUUUGAACGAAAUAAGAUACAAAGACUUCUUAUAAAAAAAGAACAUUUAAACAUCAGAACAAAAUGCAAAUAAAGCGACAAAUAGUUGUCAUGUAGGCAUUUGCUAGAGAAUGAAAAGAAAAUUGAAAAAAUGGAAAGAACACUAGCAUGUUAAUACACUGCCGAAUAUUCUAUUUAAUUUUAGGGUGAUUAAUGAAAGAAAUAAUCAUGAUGAAUUAUUUAUUGUUUUAUUGGAAUAUUUUAAUACUAAGGUUUUUGUAACAAUCAAAAAUUAAUCUCUUAUUUAUUUAUCACCUUCCUCCUUGACCUAAUAUAAUUGCAAGAAUCGUUGAAUAGUAA